AUGUUCGUGGCACUCGUAGUUGUUUUUGUUGUUUCACAGGCGAGUGCUCAGGAGCAAGCGCUGAGCACCGAGACGCCACCGCACUCCCAGUCGCUUCCAUUUUUGGACCUUUUUACUGGCGCGUCGACCUAUUACGGCGAACCUAUACGGAAAACUUACUCGGACCCUUAUUAUGUGUCUUGUCCGAAAACUGACGCGCUUAGCUCAUUUGCUAAUGUAUUGGGUAGUGCUGCCAAGAUCAUGUUAUCGGCCGCCGUCAUAGCGUUUCUGAAGAUGCUGGGAGGCAAAAUACUUUUGUUUCCGCUACUACUAGUGUUCUUUAGCAAAAUUGGACUCAAAGUGUUCCUACUCUGGCCGAUGAUAUCUAAGAUGAUGAAAUACUUCAAGACGAAAAAGAAAAAAGGUUUUAAGCCCCGGAUGAUUAUGGACUGCUCGCAGAGGAUUGCUUGUGUGAUUCAAAGAUCUGCUGAAGGUUGGGGAAGCAAUUUGGGUGCUGCGGCCACCUUCACCUUGAUAGACGACGUGGAUCAAGACACAUCUUAUGCGAGAGCUUUGUUAAGAAUAUUAGCAGGUGACAAAGUCGCAGAAUGCAUGACAAUCGAGUGCAGUUCCGGGAUUGAUAUAAGCUAACGAAGUAAUUAAUAAUAAACAAAAUAUAGAAUGUAGGCCGUUGCCAAGUUGCUUUAAGUAUAAGGAAAUUAUUUGUCACGAGAAUUAUAAAGUGCUGGCUUGCGAAUUAUCGAUUCAAUAAAUAAAUUACUUAUACGAACAUUAGUUUAAGCGCAGUCAUUCGAUCAACAUGCGUCCGAGGUGCAUAUCGGUUUUAGUGCUAUUAUUUUCUAUACAAUGCGUAUACUGUUUUACCGGUGACCCAGUUAUGUACCUUCCCCCGUUCGAAGUGCGAACUGUAAAGUCCGAGCGGCAACCCUUCAUUAAUAGCCAGCAGUUUAUUGGUGACCAACAAUUGCCGGUGAAUAGGAAAGUACAGCAAAGCCAGCCUAUAAUGCAUUCAAACAUGAGUCCUCCCCCUUCAGUACCAAAGCCGAAGGUGGAAAGAGAAACUGCGACGCCGGUCGACGCCAGAAACUUUACGUUCAGCGAUCUUUUGGACGCUUUUAACAGCAUCGAGCAGAAAAAGGAGGGUAAUCACGAAGUUUCCAGGGCAUCUGAAUACGAUUACCAGCCGUACCCUUCGUAUUAUGAGCCGCCUCCGUAUGGUUACCAUCAUGUACCACGUCCGUACUCAUACGGUUAUCAAAAGCCUCCCUCUGCAUAUGUUCAUCCCACCGCAGUCCAUCACCCAGGAUCGAAGUUUUCUCUGAAACCUGAAAUAGUUGGAGACCUCUUCAAACCGGUUGCAACGAAAGUAGCUGGCAAAGUGAGCGGCUUAAUCGGCUUAGUGCUCGCUUUACUCACGGGCUCCUCCCCGAAUGACCUAGAACUCAAAGGAUUCAAAGAUAUUGUUAUUAACGGAAUUGUUAAGCCGCUUCUUUUAGCUAAAGGCGGAAUAAAGUCCUUGAUCAGUAAGCUCACGAUCCCAGUGAUAUCGUUGCUGUUGAUUAAUCUAGAAGUUUUGGUCACUAUUUGGUGGUUAUGGGAGGAUUGCCCGGAUAAUACUCCACCGCCUUACACAGAUCCUAAACCCUCGUAUGGUUACAACUCUUAUAGAUAGAACAAAAAUGUUUACCUUUAUUCUCAAGCCCAGUUAUUAAAUGUAAAUAUAGAUGAUUAAUGUAAAUUAUGUAAGACUGAGAAUGUGUAAAUGAAUAAAUCUUUAUGUC